ACUUGGUUAAAAUUAUUGUGCACCUGAAAAUCGGGUUUCGGCAAUUUUAUGCAUUUAUUAUGAAAUAAAAUAUAGAUUUAUCGGUGUAAGUGAAAAUCACAGUUCGAUUAUUCAAAAUGGCUAGUUUUCUACGAAGUUGUGCUAUCACCCGUCACUUGAAGAGACCGUUCUAUCCGAACAGACGUAGCUCUGGAUAUGUUGUGCUUAUUCCAGAAAUUGGAGAGGAUGGAGAUAAAAAUGCUUUGCUGUCUGAAAAUGGAUUACCAGAAUUCAGUGAUGUUACUAUUGAAAAAUGUAUUGCUUCCAUAAGUAAGCAGAGUUUAGAUUACGAGAAUGGUGUCCGCCAAAUAGAGGAAUCGUGCGGUAACUGUAAAAAUGCAUUCGUCGAAAUUUUCGAACCUCUAGAGAAGCUAGACAGUCCCUUAGAACUUACGUGGGGUAUGGCAAAAACGUUAUAUCUCGGGAACAGCUCACUAAUGCCAACAAAAUCAUACAUACAAAUACAUCAGAGAGCCCAUAAGGCAAGGUCUGCCAAAUUCAACAGCAUACCCAUAUACCAGGCUGCUGUUGAUGAGAAAAACCGACUAAAAAAGCUUACUGACGAAGAACAAAGGCUACUCGAUAAAUAUAUCUUAGAAGGAAAACUAAAUGGCUUGGACGUUAAAGGCAUAAAGCGGGAGAGGUUGAAUACUAUUCUCGGUGAAAUGCAAAAAGAAAAACAAACUAUUAGAGAAAAGGUUGAUGCUGCAACAAAAGUUUUCAGUGGUAUGAUUAACGAUGAGGCAGUCAUCAAGGAAUUUCCCCAGAGCCUUGCCAAAUCGAUGUCCGUUAACAAUGACGCCUCUCGUGGACCAUGGAAGAUGUCCCUCGAGCCACAUGUUUACGAGCCUUUUAUGCAGUACUGCCCCGACAGAUCUUUACGAUGGAACAUGUGGCAGGCGAAUGUUCAGCGAUGUUCAGGUUACACUAAAAAAGAACUCGAAACGAGCACAAAUAUCGAAAAAUUACGAGGCCUUAGGCAGGAGCAAGCAAAAAUAUUGGGGUUUGACAGCUUUGUCGAUAUGAGCAUGGAAACAAAAAUGGCUGGUUCCAUGGAAAACAUUUUGAAUGUUCUCGAAGCCAUGCGCGUAAAUGCUAAAUAUAUGCAGGAUCUAGAACUACAGCAAUUGCAAGAAUACGCCCAGGAAAGAGGUUUCAGUGAUAAAUUGGAGCACUACGAUAUUGCAUAUUGGCAGAGAAAACAGAUGUGGUCUCUCUUCAGCUUCGAUGACAACAAAAUACGUGAAUAUUUUCCCCUACCCAAAGUUAUCAAUAGCCUCUUCAAUUUGUGCAGCACAUUAUUUAAAAUACAAAUAGUUGAAAGAUCGAACACCCAAACUUGGCAUAAAGAUGUGAAAUAUUACGACGUUUACGACGACUCCAGUAACCGACCCAUAGCCGGCUUUUAUUUCGACCCCUACGCAAGACAGGACGAGAAAAUUCGCAUUUACGAUGAUGCCGGGUGGCACGUAGCCAUUCGCAAUAAGAGCGCGGUCGCUUCUACACAGCCACUGUCCGCUUUAAUAUUCAAUUUCCAAGCCCCGACUAAUGGAAAACACUCGUUGCUUACGUUCAAAGAAGUGAAUAUUUUGUUUAAGAGAUUCGGCCACGCGCUGAGGCAUUUACUCACUAGAGCAGAAUAUUCCGAGGUGGCGGGAUUAUCGAAUGUGGAAUGGGACGCCGCUGAAGUCUGCGGAUACGUAAUGACCCACUGGCUGUACGAUCCCCACACGAUACGCGCCAUCAGCGGCCACUACACUACCGAGGAACCUCUACCCGACGAGGUAGUGAACAAUUUACAGAACACCCAACGCCAUAUGGCCGGUUUCAAUCUGUGCAAAGAAUUGUAUCUAUCGAGGUUGGAUUUGGAGCUACAUUCGAAAAAGAUCUUCUGGCGCGACCUGGUGAGAGAGAUAUGGUCGGAGUACAACACGUUACCGUUCGAUAAAUACGAUUCGCACGUGCUGUCGUUCACGAGGAUAUUUUCGGAGGAGUGGGGCGCCGCGUACUACAGCCACUUGUGGUCGAAAAUGAUCGCGGCUGAUGUGUAUAGUGCGUUCGAGGAGUCUCGAAAGGCCAAUCAGGACGUCAUUGCUGUUGGAAAACGAUACAGAGACACAUUCUUAGCCGCCGGUGGCAGUUGCCAUCCCGCCGAAGUCUUCAGAAGAUUCCGCGGACGAGACCCAUCGCCACAAGCGUUAUUAGAUGAUCUUGGACUUUCCAAAACUAUAGAGGAAUAGUGUUUUUGAAAGAUUAUUAUUAUUAUAAAUUGUAUAUUUAUUAAAAUAAUAAAAUUACUGUAACUCC